AUGCAAUUAAUAUUGAAGGCUGAGUUGAUAGUUUUUCCAGAUUUCAUCGAGCUGAUCCUUUCCGACAAAGAAAAUCUCAGUAAAGGUAAGAAACAGAAGAAGAAGACGAACAGAGACAGCUUCGACAUAUCAGCGUUGAACGAACUGUUCAUGUGUACGCGGUGUACCAAAACAUACAGAUUGAGACAUUCGCUGACACGUCAUAUGAAAUUCGAAUGCGGGAAAGAACCCCAAUACGCAUGCGCAUUGUGCCCGAGAAAAUUCAAGCACAAGUACGAUCUCAAUGUCCACGAGAGAGGAAAACAUUCUCUGGUGAAACAGGAAGUUAUUCUAUUCAACUGA